GGCUCUUUCAAAACUUUCUUCAAGUGUGCAGCAGUGCACCUUCAGACUUAGCACUGCUCCCUUGGAGGGAUAUUACACUGAAACUGAACACCAUCGCUUUAAGUUCGCUAUAUAAACAUAAGCUAUCAUUUUUACCUGAAAGCGUGUGCGUUAUUCUUUGCAGGUAUAGACAGACACAGGAGGACACAAACUGGACUGAAGUAAAAACAACUGGAAAGUCGAAAUGAAAGCAAUUAAUCUGGACACCUACAGCCUGUCACUGCUCACAGCGAAAGAGGACAUUCUAAAUCCCCGGUCAUCAACCAACUGGGCCCUGUUUACAUAUGUUGGCAUCACCAACAACCUCAAACUGUCUGACUCGGGAGUGGGUGGUGUGAGUGAACUGGCAGGAAAGUUCCAUGUGAUGCGGCCUCUGUAUGGGCUGUGUCGGGUGGGGAUGGAUGGGCAGGGACCAUCCCGUAUUGUGAUGAUAAUCUGGGUGGGUGAGGGGGUGGAUGAAUAUCGCAGAGCGGAAUGCGCCAGUCAUGUGCCUGCAGUCAAGACUUUCUUCAAGGAGGCUCAUGUUUUCGUAAAUGCCAGCAGACCAGAGCAAGUGACUGAAGAACAAAUCAGAGCCAUCAUUGGCAAGCUCAAUGCUCCCAAAGAGAGAGUCCAGCGGGGCUCUUUGUCAGUGGUUAAGGAGGAAACUGUGGGUACUAACUAUAAGAGAACAAUUGCUGCCAUGGAGGUUCAAAGGUUCAGCAGAGACUCUUUCUGGGCACGUGCAGAGAAAGAGGAGGAAGACAGGAAAGAAGAGGAGAGUCGGCGAGCCAUAGAGGAUCGAAGGAGAAGGGAGAGAGAGCGAAUCCAACAGGAACGCAGAGAGGCAGAGGAGAGGGAAAGAAAGAUGAAUGAGAAAGAACAGAUGAUACAGAAGCAGAGGAAACUACAAGCCGAGAUUGAGGCAGAGGCACGGAGACAGGAGAAAUUAAAAUGGGAGCAGCAGCAGAGAGAGCAUGAGGAGAAGAUGAGGGCUCGUUUCCAUCACAGUGAAUCUAUUGAGAAGGCAGCAGAGGCAGCAGUACUGGUCUCACAGCGCUCCAUAAAUCCACGGGAGUUUUUCAGGCAACUGUCAUCCUCCUCCUCUCACACCCCUUCAAACCCGAGCUCUCCCCAUGCAGUCAGACCUCCAUUCCGCCGUUAUCAGCGCAGCUUGACUGACACAGCAUUUAUCUUUGGGAGGUCAGGCUCUUCCACUCCCUCCUCCCCUCGCAGUCCCACAGUGGUUUAUCCCUUCAGCCGUACCCCCACCUCCCCCUACCACGGAUCUCUGUCUCCUCCCAGCCCAGAAUGCUCUGAUCCAACUUUCCGGCCAAUCACUCUGCCGCACCAGCCCCACGCCCCCCUCGUGAUGCCUUCCACUUCACCUCAGCGGCCCGCCCCUACCUCCCCGCUACCCAGCCUGCCUCCUUCCAGGCCCCUCCCACCCCUCUCACCCCAAUGUCAGCCCCCCUCUUUGCCCCAUGGUACAAGCAUCCCACAGCCCCAUAUCUUGGUCCCUCCCUCCCCCAUCCCUCCUGCUCCUCCUGCCUCCCCAGGUCCCCUCCCCAGCUUUUCUCAAUCCCAGUCAUCCUCCCUGCCUUCCCCUUGCCCCCUGGAUUCUCCUCCCCCUGUAGAAGCUCCCACCAGGCCCCUCCCUGAGAUCACAAAGGUUACCUCUCUGCAGUGCCUUUCACAGACUGAAGGACAUGAGCCUCCCUCCCAGAUACAGAGUGACUCAGAGGUGCAGGCCCCAGUGGUGGAAGAGAAGAAAUGGGAUGAUGAAGAGACUGGAGCUCCAGAGAAGGAAGUGCCAAGUUUGCAGGCUAGUGAGACUGCUACUGCUUUAGCAGGGAGAGAGAGCUCACCUGUAGUGGAUUUCCAGCCCUCCAGCGUGACUGUGGAGGAAACAGUACCUGUGCUGGACUCCGCUUCCUCAGGGGAGGAAGACCUAAAAUCAGAGGCUGUGCCUGAAGGAGAACCAUCAGCAGAUGAUGGAGAUGAGAAUGAGGAAGAAGAAGAGGAAGAGGGGACAGUCCAGCCUGCCUCAUUACAGGAGCCAAUCCUAACUGGAGAAGCUGAUGAAGGGGUGGAGCUUCAGACUGUCUGCCACCCAUACCAGGAAUCUUGUGAAACAGGUGAGGUUGUAGAUGAUGGGAAUAUACCACAGUCCCCACCUCAGGAGCUGUCCUCACUGACAGCCAAUGGAAUGAGUGCUGAACCAAGGGGGAGGGAUGAAAAUGAUGAAAAUGGAGUUUCUUUGGAAUCACGUGGUACAGGGGGAAACCUCAGUCUCUCUGAACUGGAUGAUGACUCUGGGCUGAGCCCUUCCACCAAAAGGCAUGCUGGAAUGGAGGAGGUCAUCACAGAAAAACAGGGGGAAGUAAAAUCAGAAAAUGGAGAAGAGUUACACAAGGCAAGGCAGUUACAGUAUACAACUGGCGUCGCUGUUUAACCCUUCCUCUUCACUUUGUAUGCCUACAGAUAGUCUGCUUGUAAAUGUAAAUAACACAGGCUCUAUUUUAAUAGUCUUAGCGUGUGGUCUAAAGUACAUACGUUUGCUUUUUUAAUGGCGGAUAGUUCAAGCGCAAAGUAAGGCGCAAAAAGUUCAAAAGGGCUCGACUUUGUGGCUUAAUUAAUAGAUUGGAGGGUAACAUAAACCAAUCAGUGUCAGUUUCCAUUCCCUUUAAAAGCACCUGCAUUUGCCUCUUUACAAAUUGGUGGCGGAUUUAGCAAGACUUCAGAAGACAGAUUUACCUCAGAGGAAAAAGACCUGCUGAGUCCAUUAAAAUUUUAUGAAUGAAUUGUGUAAUGUGGUGCGAAUAUGGGUUUUUUUUCUUUAUUUUUUAAAAGUUUAUUCUUCUUAAUCAGACUUUUAGUUCCCUUCAGAAUAAUGUGUUCUGUUAUGUUUAACAGAUGAAAUCAGCGGGUCACUGUAAUUUAAUAAGUGUGAAGAACUGGGGUUUAAAAAUUGUGCUAAAAUGAAGAAAUUUGAAUUAAUCUUUGUUUUUUUGAAGAGUAUCAAGAUACAUUAAGGUGUUUUAAAGGGGCCAAAUAAAUGCUGUAUUCACCUAACAAAAUUUUGGACUUCAAUCAGAAAAACCAUUCUGACUACUACCAGGCUAUAGAUGAAGCAGCUCUUCUGCCAGCCAUGUUGCUGGUGUAUUUCCAUUCAUUGAUUUGUCAAGCAGUUCACCGUCACGCUUUCUAAAGUCCUGCAAUGUGUCUUCAUUUAUGUCCAAGACAUCCCUCACUUUUGGUAAUGUUGUGCAGUACACAACACACCACAGUGAAUGUUCAGACCAUCUGAGGGCUGUAUUGCAAUGUUCCACCAGACUUAUGAAUGCAUCUGAAGCAUAUUGUCAGUAUUCCAAACUCCUCUGUAGGCUACAGUACCUGUUUCUAUGGGUUUUCCAGUGAAUGUCAAUUCACGCACUAUAUUUGUCAUCAGACAUGUCUUUUCCAUUGUCCUAAAAUGGGCUUUUGGCCCUUUUUAUUCGUCAUUUCUGUGAUUGUAUAAUUUGGAUCAAUAUUAUGACUGUCCAUUAUCACAUGUUGUAUUUUUAUUUCAUAUUUUUGAUAUGCACAAUAGGAAUCUUUACCAUUGUAAUCCUGAUAUUUUUAUGUAUUUUUGUGCGUGCCUCUGUGUGUCACAAAUAAGGAAGGUGUAGGUCCAUCAAAAUAUCAAUAUGCCGACAGUUACUGUGACCACACCUCAUUUUAAGACCAACUGCCCAUGUAGCCACAACGUCAUUCACUAUUUUAGUGGUGUAGGUGUUGGACGUGAAAAUGACUCCUGCAUCUGUCUGAAACUGGCAAAGACACUUGAGUGUGGGUUACCACUGCUUAGCACCAAGUCCAAGAUAUGUCCAGAGGGAUUUAAUGUGAAAUUUGAAUGUGGAUGCAUUUUUAAACACUACCAGUAGAGGGCAUAGAUUGCCCUAUACUAGUCUUGUACAGGGCUUUAAUUUGGGGAGAGCAUGCAUGCCAAACUAAGCCCAGUGUUUGUAAUGUCUCAGAAACACGCUGAGAGUGAGCUUGCUUUUCUUUUUUUUUCUUUUUUUUUUUUACUAUCUGUACAUUUAUAACUGCCUCUGUUCUCCUCGGAGAAUUUAAACAAUUCUGUUGAGUACAUACCAUGCCGGUAACUCACUGGAAAUUGUAUACACUUCAGUCAGUAUAUGGCUCUUGCUUAUUGUAUGUCUGAGUUGUCUUAUUGUCUGUCUGUGUUGUUUUGGUUCUGAUUGGAGAGAGGCAAGAGACUUGAUGGAUUGAGGUCACUAGUUUUGCAUGUGGGGUAGCACAGUGUUGCUCAAUGAAUGACUCUCUCUCUCUCUCUCUCUCUCUCUCUCUCUCAUUCCACUCUCUGUGUCUUUCUUCUCUCACAGUGCUUGGACAUGGAAGGUCAACUGCAUGUGUAAGAGCACUGUAUAACUACCAAGCAGGUGAUGUUUUCUUCUCUCCUUAACAUUAUUCUGUUGCUGUUUAUUUAUCACAUCCCUGCCAUACCUGUAUAAACAGGUUUGUAUCUGCAUCAUCUCUGUGGAAGUUUCCAGUCAUCUCUGGUUUUUGACGUCUCGUUUUUUUGUUCCUACACACACAAAUACAAAUGCUGCUUACAGUAUUGCUCAUGCUCCAGGUAACCUGAGCAGCUUUUGAGCAAAAAUCAAAGCAUACUGUGCAAAACAUUCCAGUAUUUAAGUACGAAAGAACUGUCUGUUUCUAUCUCUCAUUGUUCCACCACCUUAUCUCUGUCAAUCAAUAUGCCGAAUAUGUCUUUGUUUGUGUAUGUAUCGCACCUUUCUCACUCUCCCUUCUGUCAAGUGUGCCCCUAAGAAUGCAUUCCUUUCAGGAGAUGAGAUAAUGACUAUCAGUUCCCUUUGUUAGCAGUAUUAUGUUUGUCACCAACUGCUAGCAACACAUAGAACACAUCUCUGAUGGCUGUUUCCAAUGAUGGAUGCUCAAGUUAUUCAUACUUACCACAUGCAUCGUAUACAUGUACUUUAUACAUCAGUCAAUAGCAUGAGUAAAAGCCUUUUGUAAUACCUGACUUCCAAGCAGUCCCUUCUCCUCCACACAGGGGUUUGGGUCUGGAGUCACAAAAUUGGUCCACAAUAUAACAAUUUUUGUCUCACCUGGAGAUAUUUCCACAAUCUACCUGUGCAUUCAAUCAUAACAGAGCCUCUUGUAUUUUUCCAAAUUCCUAUGACAAUGACAAAGACCCUGCAUUGUAUGUAUUAAAGCAUAUUCAUGGGAAAAAAAUCCUUUGCAUCAGAGACAAGAGAAAGAGAGAAAAAAGUUAAUGACUUAACAUCUCCUAUGAAAAUGUGUCAUGCCAGUAUCUGGUGAAAUAUGAAAAUAAAAAACAUUUUGAUGUAUUAAAAAAAUAUGCAGUAUACCUCAAAACUACAAGUGCUACCACAGGCAUAAUUUGUGCAUUGUCCUCUUGACAUUUUCACAUGUAUAACUGGUUUCUCAAGGAGUACUUUAGGUACAAAUAUUGGUAUGGGACAUUAUCUAUUGAUAGACUUAAAAGGGGUAAAUGAACUGUGAGUUAUACAUCUGCUGACAUCUGAGAUCUCCAGAAUGCAUCAAUGGGAGACAGCUAUGAGGAUGGUGUCUCCAGUCAGGCAGACGGUUUCUGACACUUCCUCCUUGUGAGAGAACGUGAAUCAGAGCUGUCCCUGGUGCCUGGAGACAUCAUCAGUGUGGUGGAAACUGUGGACAAGGCCUGGUGGAGGGGUUGCAACAAAGAUGGUCACCAGGGACUCUUUCCUGCCAACUAUGUGGAGACCAUCUAGGGAGGAAACAAGCUACCAAAUUACUGACAGGAAGACAGACCAGGAAGAUGCUCAAAUAAGUGCUUACAUAAUUGAUCCCCCAGGGACUGGAACCAUGCAACAAAUUGACGACCGUGGGUGUACACGGCACCGAGGUUCAGCCACCAGGGCUUGAGAUUAACACCUGCCAAAUGCGGGCAGAAUUUGGCAGUGGCAUGAAACUCCUUCACCCUUACUAGCCACUUUGGCAGGUGAUCUUUUGGUAGCAUUUUCUAUGUGUAGUUCACAAAAGGCAUCUGAAAUAAUUAACUAUUUGAGCUGAUACUACAACUCCCAUGAACAUUGGGUGCACACUUUGUACUCAUCCCGUAGACCCAGCCCCUUCACCCUCUUGAAUAUUGCUUCCACAGUCAAGCUAGGAGUAGCCGUGCAUGGCGCCGCACACAGACUUAUGAAUACUUAUUGUCGCUUCACAUUAGUUUAGUGACACUUCAUGCCAGUGGAGAGCGCUGGUACAAAUUUUGCGGUUGCAAUCAGAAAACACGGUAGUUUCCACGAUUUGCCGUGCUAAACACAGAAAACAACAACUCACUAAAGAAGCAUAAACUUACGAAACUACGUCCAUGAUUUCAGAGUUGCUUCAGUUUAUAUUGCACUGCACAAAAACAAAAGAAGAAAGUAGGUUGACACAGUGUUUGAUUUAAUUGGUGGCAAAUGGUGCAUGAGCCUACUCAUAUCAGUUAUAUUUCUACACCAACAAUACUGAUAUUUUGUAGCCUAAUUGCAAUUUAACAAUAAAGUUGAAAAAAAAAAAUAAAAGCGUAUAUGCACAGUGUUGACAUUACCUAAUAAAUAUAAGCUAAUUAGCCUACAUGCGCAUCAUUCUCAAUACCAUCAGAUAUAGCCAGUUCUCCUCAAUUAGACUAUAGAUGAGUAAUAAAACAAUUUUUAUUUUCAUCACAAAAUUGUGCCUAUUUUAUCAACAUUAUUUGAAACUGUGGAUACAUGUCAUCAUCUCCACACUGACACUUGGACACUCAUUUAAAUGAACCUGAAAUGCAUAUUUUGUUAAAGAAUUUUGAGCUGAAAGCUAACGCUGUAUGUAACAGAGUGGUAUAUAUAUAUAUUUUUUUUUAAGUAUAGACUACUUAAUUAUUAAAAAAUACAUAUUUUCUCUCUCUCUUCUCUCUCUCAUAUGAUGGUUUCUGUUAAAAUAAAUUUAACAGAUUCUCUUGCUGGUGAAAAUGCUGAAUGGCUAGUGAAAACUACUCACCACAGUGGCUGAACCAAAAAGUUAAUGUCAAGUCCUGGUAGCCACAGAUGGCUUCAACCACAUUUAACUGUAUCUCAUGGAAAUAAUCUCUAAAUAAUCCGCUAAUGAAAAACAGUUAACAGGUAUCUAGAGGAAAAAAAAUAAAAAGAAUAACAUGUGCUCCCGUGUUAAAGAAGAUAAUCUAAAAUUGUGAGAGUGUUGCAACAACAGAGUAUAGAUUGCAAUUCAAUGUGAUUACAGUAGGUCAUUAAAGAAGGUGUGGUUUCUGUAAAUAAAAGGAUUAGAACACCCGUACUGUACAAAAAGACAUUUCAUUGCACUUCUGACUGUAUUUGCAUUACGUAACAACAUCACCUGGCUGUCUGAUGUAAUGAAGGUUUGUUUCACCUCUUGUAGAUGUCUUGCUGUGUCAGGGUGAGCGUUUGGAUUUUAUGUCGUUUGUCAAGCAUGCUAUUGCACUGAAAGCUGUGUGUCCUGCGAUGGAGUAAUUGCAAAUGUAAUUGGACCCAAUCAAUAAGACAAUACCUGUUUCUUGCUACAACUGUUUGAAUACCUACUAGCAGUCUGUCAAUUAAUCUAUUAUGACUGAAUCUGUUUAGCCCCUUUACCAAGGUUUGUGAGUUGUUGUGACGUGGAAAACCUGCUUAGCCUCAGUCACAGUCCUCCGGGCCUGGCACACUGAAGCCCUGUUCUAAUUCACUCCCCAUUUGAAACCUGAAACUGUAUUACUAUAUGCCGUGUGUCUUAAAUUUCUUGUUGUGUGUGUUUGUGCUUUAACAAGUUUUUCCAGUCUGCAACCCAGUUUCACUCCCAUUGCAACUGCUAUCAUUAUGGAAUUAAAUCUGUUCAAAGCA